AUGUCCACUACUAGUGCAUUGGUCGUUCAAUCCGCCGGGGCUGAGCCCCAGCUCACUACUGUCGCGCUGGAUUCGCUUCAGGCCAACGAGUUGAAGGUCCAGAUGCAUGCUACAGGUGUUUGUCAUACCGACUUGGCUUGUAUGGCGGGUCAUCUGCCUGUUCAAUUUCCCAAUGUAUUUGGUCAUGAAGGCGCAGGUAUCGUCCUGGAGACGGGCAGUGGCAUUACAGAUAUUCAAGUUGGCGAUAAGGUUCUACUCAGUUACAACUUCUGUGGUGAAUGCGCCCAAUGCAAUUCAGAAUUUCCUGCAUACUGUGAAAAAGUUCUGCAGUUGAAUUUUGGAGGAAAGCGAUUAGAUGGAUCGAGUGCCCUCCGUCUAUCAAAUGACCCAGGCCAGGAAGUAUUCUCCAACUUCUUUGGUCAGAGCUCGUUCUCGCAAGUCGCUGUUGUUAGCAUGUCUUCGGCUGUUCGAGUUCCACCAAACGCGAAUCUCGAACUAUUCGCCCCGCUCGGAUGUGGGAUGCAAACUGGAGCCGGGGCAAUUCUAAACACGCUGAAUGUGAAGCCUGGAAGCUCAGUAGCGGUCUUUGGAACUGGAUGUGUUGGCCUCAGUGCGGUUAUGGCUGCUAAAAUUCGGGGUGCUCGGAUUAUCGUCGCUGUGGAUAUUCAACCUGAGCGACUGGAUUUGGCUCGGGAGUUGGGUGCUACUCAUGCCUUCCGAGGAGACGACCCCUCUAUCCGAAAGCUGAUCAUGGAUCUUUGUGGGUCAUCGCUUGGUGUGGACUUUGCGGUUGAUUGUUCUGGUGCUAUCCCUGUCAUUGAGAAUAUGAUCGCUACUCUUGGUAUUCGUGGAAAAGCUGCUAGUGUUGGGGCUCCUGCUCCGGGGAAAAAGGUUGAGGUGGAGGUUUUCUCGCAUCUGACCAUGGGCCGUCAAUAUAUUGGUUGUCAUCAAGGUGACAGUAUUUCGACAAAGACUAUUCCUUAUCUGAUGGAACAACAUGCCCAAGGUAACUUCCCUUUGGAAAGGUUGAUCAAGGUUUACAAAUCCAAAGAAUUUUUGCAAGCCUUUCAAGAUAUGAAGGACGGCAAAGUCUUGAAGCCUGUUCUCAAGUGGAUAUGA